AUGCUCGCGCGGUGCGCUGAGUUACAGGUAGAUGGUUGGAACUCCUGGAACGCCUUGCGCCUGCUGUGCGAUCAGAAUCCGCGGCUGCAGGUAUGCCUGGAGUUGACGGAGGACCUCCCGGAGACAGACCGAGAGCUGCACAGGUGGCUGGCAGAGCCAGUCCGCUCUGUGAUCAUCCCGACGGAUGCCUUCUUGACGAACAAGCAGGGCUUCCCCGUCCUCUCCAAACGCCACAAAGCGUUCCUUCUGCAGCUCUUCAGGAACAAGGUGCAGGUGAUCUUGCAGGGCUUACCUGAGGGCGCCAAAGAGACCGAGACCGAGAAGUACUUGCACUAUGUAGCGCGGCUUUUUCAGUCCCGGCCUGCCCCAACAGCACAGGAGCAGUUUGAGACCCCGUAUCACGAUUGGCUUCAGGCGCCCUUGCAGCCCCUGCAAGACAACCUGGAAUCUCAGACGUACGAGACCUUCGAAAAGGACCCCGUGAAGUGCCGGACCCACGGGACCCGCACGCGUCAGGCCAUGGUGGUGGGCGCCGGCCGCGGGCCUCUGGUGGUGGCCGUCGGGGGCGCCCAAGUGAAGAUCUGGGCGGUGGAGAAGAAUCCCAACGCCGUGGUCACUCUGAGGCACCGCUGCGCGGUGGAGGAGUGGACCAAUGUGGAGGUCAUCGGAGAAGACAUGCGCUUCUGGGACGCUCCUCGGAAGGCGGACCUGAUCGUGUCUGAGCUCUUGGGCUCCUUCGGCGACAAUGAGCUAAGCCCCGAGUGCUUGGAUGGUGCGGGUCCCCGGCAGGGCGAGGGCCCACCACCCAGGACGGAGGCCAGUGUGGGCCUGGGUGUCUUCUUUUUAAUCCUUAUCGAGCCCAGUUUUCGGCUCAAGCCAGGAGUCGUAGGAUCCAUCCGGUCCAACCCCUCUGAUUCGGGAGCAUUUGCGGUGAUGCCGAUCGGGAACUUGGUGGUGGCCAACCCCAAGAAGCCAACGAUGCUCUGCGGAGAUCAUCGUGCAGUUCGGUUUCUCUUACUGGAUGGCGCUGGCCAGCAGAAGACCUCCACGGGCCAAUCUGCCUUGGACGUUGCUCAAGCGGCCAACGAGCAGGGCUCACAUGACGUCGUCAUCGAUUUGUUGAAGAUGCCAAGUGCCCAACGCUUCUUGGAGCCCGACGGCGCCUGCAUCCCUUCAAAGUACACCUCUAGCCUCACGCCUGUGACCACGCACAAGCUGUGGAACGACGUGAAGAACUACAAUGACUUGGCCCACUUUGAGACAGCGUAUGUGGUGAAGUUCCACCAGGCCUUCUAUCCGACCUCUCAGGUUGAGAAGUGCUUCGAGUUUUCCCAUCCCAACUGGGAGCUCAGCAGCAACGACCGGUACGCGCAGAUUGAGUUUACCUCGGAGGUGGAUGCGCUCGUGCAUGGCUUCGCUGGCUACUUCCACUGCGAGCUUUAUGCAGGCCUUAGCGUGUCCAUCAACCCAGAGAGCUACUCCGAAGGCAUGUUUUCUUGGUCCGGACGCCUGGAUGGGCCGAGGUUCCCCAUCUACUUCCCCCUGCGAACACCGGUGAAUUUGAAGCGCGGCGAGAAGCUCACGAGUUCGGGGCGCCCAGCGUGGUGA